UCCCUGCCGCUUUUACCUCAGGCACUUCCGGGACACCCCAGCGCUCGCACAGCGGUCAGGCACAACGGUGGACGUCCAAACUCGGGGUCCUGCCGGCGGGCAGGGCCUCGUCUAGCGGGCGAAUGAGCUAAGAGCGCGCCGCGCACGCGCACGCCCCUCUCUUCCGGCGCUGACCAUGGCGGACAAGGAAGUAAAGAAGGUGCCCUCGGUGCCCGAGAGCCUGCUGAAGAAGCGGCAGGCCUAUGCGGUCAUGAAGGCCAAACGUCAGAAGAAGAUUUUGGCUAUAAAAAAGUACCGCAAGGCACAAAGGAAGCUGAUCUAUGCGAGAGCCCAGGCUUACCACAAGGAGUACAGGCACAUGUACAGGCAGGAGAUCCGCAUGGCCAGGAUGGCCCGCAAAGCUGGCAACUACUACGUGCCAGCUGAGCCCAAACUGGCUUUUGUGAUCAGGAUAAGAGGUACCAACGGUGUCAGCCCGAAGGUUCGCAAGGUUCUGCAGCUUCUUCGCCUGCGGCAGAUCUUCAACGGCACCUUCGUGAAGCUCAACAAAGCCUCUAUCAACAUGCUGCGGAUUGUGGAACCCUACAUUGCCUGGGGUUACCCCAACCUGAAGUCCGUGCAUGAGCUGAUCUACAAGCGAGGUUACGGCAAGAUCAACAAGCAGCGCAUUGCUCUGACCGACAACUGCCUGAUCCAGAAACGCCUUGGAAAGCUUGGCAUCAUCUGCAUGGAAGAUGUGAUCCAUGAAAUUUACACUGUUGGCAAGAACUUCAAAGUUGUGAACAACUUCCUUUGGCCCUUCAAGUUAUCCUCUCCUCGGGGUGGAAUGAAGAAGAAAACAAUCCACUUUGUGGAAGGUGGGGAUGCUGGUAACAGAGAAGACCAGAUCAACAGACUCAUAAGGAGAAUGAACUAAUGGUAAAGAUGCCCAGCUGCAAUAUUUCGAAGUCUGGUCUGUUAAUAAAACAAUCUUGCACAAAACA